UUGUCAAUUUAUCGUGUUCGAAGUUGGGCGUAUGUUGAACAUAAACAAAUUCCUUCACGAUUUACGACGAAAAUAGAUAAAAAGCGAAAACAUGUUGGUGGAUUUGGAGUUUGAUUAUAAUGAGGCGACGGCAGCAAUGGAUAAAUUUUCCCAGGACGAUAUCAAUGAGCUACGUUAUUGGUCGCAGAAGUUGGAUAAAUCAAAAUAUGUGCCGAAGGAUUUGACCGAUAAACAAUUAGUGUUAUUCUAUAAUGCUUGUUAUGGGGACAUGGAUAAGACGAAAGCAUGUAUAGAAAAGUAUUAUUCAUGCAGGAAAAAUGGUCCAGAGUUGUUUGACAAUCGUGUUUUCAAGGCGGAAGAGUUGAAACAGAGUGCUGAAGUACUGGAAUUCUCCGUCCUGCCAGGCAAGUCAUGUGAGGGGUACGACAUCAUCUACCAUCGGCUGCACGACACGGAACCUUCGAAGUACAACCUGGAGGCUGGCUGCAAACUGCUCUUCAUGACUGUGGAUCUAUGUCUCACCAAACGUGGUCCACAACCAGGUUACAUGUUUCUCUUCGACAUGCGCGGUGUUAAAUUCGGACAUCUUACAAGAGUUAGUUUAUCGUCGCUACGGAAAUUUUUCCAGUACGUCCAAGAGGCCAUGCCAGUGCGCAUGCGCGCGAUACACGUGCUAAACACAGAGCCAGUCUUAGACAAAUUAAUGGUCCUCAUCAGGCCUUUUAUGGAUAAGAAGUUCUUUGACAUGCUCAAAUUCCACAAUAAAAAUGAGAACCUGGAGAAGUUUUACGAGACUGUUGUGCCACGAUCUUCACUGCCUCCAGACUACGGCGGCACUCUACCUGACACACAGACUCUGCACAAGAAGUGCAUGCAGCAGCUUCAACUCAUGGAGCCGUACUUCAAAGCUGAGGAGGAACAGAGGAUCGCGGCGUUACCUGACAAGAAGCGAGAGAAGGCCAUGGAAAGGGCAUUCAAGAAUCUCGAUAUAGACUAAAGAUAUAUUCCUAUAAAAAGGUAAAUGCUGUCUAUUUUAGUAGUACUUUUUGGCAGUGGAACGACUGGUUUCAUAAAAAAAAAUGUAAAUAGGAAUAGAACGUGUUCUAUUUUUAAAUGUGUAAGCAUUUGACAGUUCUGUUUUUUAUGUUAGUUGCCAGUCCAAAAAUAGGUUUUUUUUUUAGUAUAAUUUUCAAAGAUGCAUUUGUGUUUUUUAAGUUCAGUUUGUCGUGGUGUCAAG